GAUGCCCAAUUCAUUCUGGUACCAUUAGUUGUAAAAUUGACGAUGCUGGUAGCCAUGAGAUUAAUGGUGUUCGAAGGAGGGACGUUCUUAACUGCUUUGGGGCUGCCAUUAGCAUGGAAUUGGUGGCAGGCUCCAGCCCAAUCUCGAGCCCAUUCAUUGAGGCAGCUAAUGCUGCUGAUUUGAUACAAAGAAGACAACGUUCAGACUUUCAAUCAAGUAUAAAGAUGACCCUCUAUAAAGCCAUUAAGGCAAAUCCAGAGCUGAUUUCACCCCUAUUAACAUUAGCACUUAAUGAUUCUAUGACAUAUGAUAAGCCAACAAAAACUAGAGGCCCUAAUGGAUCCAUACGCUUCAGCUCUGAGAUUGAGAGACCAGAAAACAAAGGACUUUCUGCUGCUUUAUCAAUGGUGGAAGAAGCAAAAAAAGAGAUCGAUUCUUACUCUAAAGGUGGACCAAUUUCAUACUCCGAUCUCAUCCAAUUAGCAGGUUUGGUGUUUGAUGAGGACGAAAGUACCCUCCACAUCACUGAGUUGCCAGUUAGAAGGUGGACACAGGAGUAUAAGGAGUUUUUGGAGGUUGCUUCAACUGCUGGAAAAGAUAAGAAACCUUUCAUAGAGGGAAUGGUUCUUUCUGAAGCUAAGAAAAUAAUUGAUUCAUGUAUGGCUGCAAAGGGUUGA